AUGGUCCAUAAAACUGGUGUACACAAAUGUCCGGAAUGUCCCAAAACUUUUUCUAGGCUGGAGUAUGUCACUCGCCACCGACGGGUGAAGCAUCUUGGAGCUCGCCCCUGGAGUUGCCAGUGCGGCGUUUCAUACGCGCGAAGUGAUCUGCUGACUCGACACAAGCGCAAGUGCAGCCAAGCUAAAGAAUCCAUCGGCGCUAGUUCGAAGUACAACUUGGAUGAUACUUCGGCUUCAUCUGUUGUGACUUCUGUCAAUCAUUCCAGUAUCAUUAAGGCCUCUGACCACUCUAGCGAUGAUAACCAGCCACCCACGUACCAGCAAGCUAUCUCGGAUCAGGCGCCUUUUACUGCCAAUACCAACCACCCUACGGACCAUCUGGCACAAGCUUCUUCCUUUCGUGCCGAUUUGGCGCGUGACACCCGUUUCUCGCUUCCGAGACCUGAUGGCCUGAUCUCCCAGGAGGCGGAUAACUUCGGCCCAGGCACAACGCUACGCCAAUUCAGCCUUAAUUGCACGGCUGAGGAGGGGCUCAGCUCUCUCGUUCCACCAGAUGAUCAAGAAUUUUACGAUGUUGCGAGGGAGAAUACCAACCAGAGAGAAAUCGAAAACAUUCCCGAAGUUUCAUCCGAUGUGGGCACUUCGAUUGUCCCCCUGGUCAGGUUUUCCGAUCCUAGUUUCCUGAUCAGUGAUGUUCCCCAAUCGUCGCCAUUCUAUCUCAACCCGAGCAUUUGGAUACUUGCAUUCUUGUGUCAAAAGUCGCAAGGUUUCACGAUCCCCCACAUGGGGAGCCUUUCGGCAUACCUAUCGCGAGCUACCGAAGUCAUGUGUCCAGUAAUUCCCAUGUUCCACGUCCCAACCCUGAGAGCCACACAAAUCUCCAUUCACUUGGGGUACGCCCUCAGCGUCUCCGGAGCGGCAUUGGAAAGUUCAGAGCACGCCUUGGCUUUCACCUAUCAGUCCUUAUCCUACAAGCGUAUUUCGGUGCAAAAUGACUUCUUACGUCGAGACCGAAGUUUCACUUUUAGGUUUGAGCUUCUGCAAUCUUUACUCACUUAUCAGUUUCUCGGCAUGUUUAGUCGCUUGGAGGUUCAAGGCAACGUGCCAUCAGAUUCAGCCCGACCAUUGUACAGGGAGCUAGCUUUCAUUGAGACUUUACGCAAUUCUCCGGAUUAUGUACAGCUUGCCCUAUCCGGUCAAGUCCCACUGGAAGUUGCAUGGAAAUUAUGGGUGGAGUACGAAGUGCAAAAGCGGACUGCGUUUUUGGUUCUGAUUUCUGCACUUCAACUGAGGGGGCCCUACGAGUCUGGGCUGAGACUAUCGGAGACUAACCUGCCGUUGCCUUGUCAUGAAGAAAUAUGGACGGCGAGAAGCUCAGAAGAAUGGGCGCAGGCGGCUCGGAAACAUGCGAUGUGCUGCUGGCUAGACAACAUGCAGACGAGUGAGAGCUUUGUGGAUCACACAAAUAUCCAACAGGUGGUCGGCGAGCAAUCGAUUCCAUUGCUCAGCGAAGCACUUGCUGCCCUGCAUAUCUCCGACUCGACCAGCCAGAUCAAUCAGUCCAUCCCUGAUAUACAUCGUGUGGGAGCAAGUCGUCUUACUGUCCGCGCCGAGCGGCUCGGAUGCUUUGCCAAGACCGUUAUCCAUCACGCUCGCGCACUGACUCAUCAGGCGACUGUCAGCAUCCAUCUGUUGGAGCCACCUCCGCUGAACAUCUGAUGUUGAUCGUAAGGGUACCCUCAAGUACUUCACGUUUCCUAAUCCCG